AUGUUGUUGGUGGCUAUGAAACUGAUGAAUAAAGAGAAAACUCCAAUGGACAACUUCCUAGUGGAAUACGGAAUGUCUCUUAGUCUCAGCGGCCAUCCAAAUAUCAUCGAAACCCAUGAAAUCGCUUUCCAAACCAGCAACGAUUAUGUCUUUGUCCAGAAGGUGGCACCAGCUGGAAACCUCAUUCAUUCAAUAGUAAAGGUUGGUUUAAAUGAAGAUCUUGUAAAGGGUUUUGUUCCACAGGUAGCGAGUGCCUUAGACUUUAUGCACAGCAGAGGAAUGGUCCAUCGGGACAUUAAACUGGACAACAUUUUGCUCAUGGACAUUGAAUGUAAGGAAGUCAAAUUAGCAGAUUUUGGACUGACGAGGCUCCGGGGCACUCAAGCACCAUGUAUGGCCUGGUCCAUCCCAUAUACUGCUCCGGAAUUGUGCAGCUUAAAAGAAGGGGAUCAAUUGCUGCUGCACCCGAGCAUUGACGUGUGGGCGUUUGGAGUCUUGUUGUACACAGUUAUGACCGGCUCAUUUCCUUGGGAAGAAGCAGGGGGUCAUGACCCCAUGUAUCGGGAGUUUGCUUGGUGGCAAACGAAGAAAGACCUAACCUUGGCACCAGGAAAGUGGCAACAAUUCUCCAUGGAAGCCAGGCAGAUGUUCUGGGACUUGUUGGCCCUCAAUGCCUCUGAGAGGUGUUCUGCUAUGGACAUUUUAAAAUAUGUCCACCUGCCAUGGACAGCAAAAAUGCCUCCAGAGAAUCUAACCAGGAAAACGGUCAUACAUGUGAUAUAA